UUGAAUAAUAAUUUUUGAUGGGUUUUUCCGAGUGAUUGACAAAUUUUCAAGGCUUUUGCAUUCUUAUACGUAGAUACUUUGAAUAUAGGAAACAAUAUUGGGUCUCCAUGUUGAGUGCAUGAGAUGCGGUUUUUGAACGGACUGAGCACGUGAUUUCUCAUGAUCAUUAUUGCAAAGUAGAUGAGAGGAUGACUCAUAAUCAGACGCAUUUACAAGCAAAAAAUGCAAACAAGACUUAGUAUGACAAAAUUAAUAUUCCAUCUUAUAGGAUCAACCUCGGGAUGAACUAUAGUCGUAAAUGUUAACAUGUACUCUUGCGAAUUUAUAGUUUUGUUAAAUGUUCCGUUGUCAGCCAAAAUAUUUGCUUUCACAACUGGAAAAACGAAGAAGAAAUGUUGGCACAUUAUACAGCGGCUAUGUAAACAUUAACUAACAUCGUGCAAUAGCACUCUAUUAUUAUUAUGAGUAUUAUUGUUAUCAUCAUUAUCAUCAUUACUAUUAUUCUUUUUAUUAAUACUGUAAUUAUAAGUAUGUUGCCAUUCGAAAGUGAGGAGUCAUACUCAUUAUAUGGGAAACCGACUAGGUCCAAUUGUAAUAAUCUCAAAGAGUACAAAACUGUACCAGAAGCGUCUGGAAACGACUCAACGUGACUCACAUCAUACGGAGCGUCGACUUUAUUGCCAAUGUGGUAUCGACAUUCGGAUGUAUGUUGCGUCAGUAUAAUAUCAAUUCACGUCAGUAUAAUAUCAAUUCAUAGCGAAUACAUCGUGCUUCUCAUGAGCUUCGCGGGUUACAUAUGGCGCACAUUACAUGGCAAAAUUGAAAAUGAAAUUUCUAUAGUUCAUGAAUAUUGCACUCAAUUCCUACACUCUCUUAAUUUUUCAGAGUUAUCUACACGGGUCAUUUUUUUAUAACAUUCUCCGCAUAAUUGAUUAUUUACCAUCCUGUUUUAAUGACAGUCAAAUUAAUUCAGUGGUCAGUUCAUAUACAUAGAUGAAGAUAUACAUAUUCGAACGGACUCGUGGACUCUUCUCCUACCAAAAUUUGUGGACAAUAUAGGAAGAUUAUUUGAAUUUCAAUCUGCUGAAAGUAAUCAGAAAUAAAAAUAUAACUCUUGCCGCAAGAGGCAAAUUAGUGAAAGGUAAAGCAUUUUCUCUGUGAAUGUCUGUAGGUGUAUUACCUACUAUAGGAAUUUGCCAAGUUAUUUAAAUUGAAUGUUCUCGAUUUUUUCCCAGUAGGUUCGACUGCCACGUAAAGUAGCCCAUUAUCGUUAUUAUUAUGAAUCGUACGCUGCACUUAGAUUUAUCGUUUCAAAUACAUCUUUGAUCAAUUUCACGUUGACAAUUUGUCACAGAUCAGCGGUUAGUUCAUGUAACUUAUCGUUGUAAUAGCGAGGCGGUAAAAAAGUGUAAUUUGCGAAGAUCUAUACGUCAGAUAAAACACGCUGAUUAUUCGUUCCGAGCGGAUAGUACCUCUGAUAUAGUUUAUCCCUAUUCUCGUACCGCAAUAAUAUUAUUCAGUCGUAUAACAUUUACAGUCCAUGAAUUAGUCGCGAACGGUUGGAAAGAAAUGCGAAUUGUUACCCCAGUUUCCGAAUUUUUCUUUCUAUUCUUUUCAACACUUCCCAUUUGUGCAUCUUCCGAAUACCACAAUACUUACUUCAGUCUGAUAACCAGCGUUCAUAGUUACUUCGGUACCUCUUGCGUGUUCGUCGUUCACGGAGCACAAGAAAGUAUGGGCGGAUUUCUGCGGAUACACGAACUCCUGAAAAAACUUUCCGAGGAUAAUGUCCUCGCGGUACCCGUGGAAAUUGGACGCCUCCACGAAACCAUGCAGUUUUAUUCAGGUCGUGUACUUCGUGCUUUGAUAGUAGUAGCUCUUCAGUCCACGGAAGUAGUCGGAAAAUUUUCAAACCUCACCAGUGCUUUUCACAUGACGUCGAUGUGUUGGCUCCUCAUAUUCGACGAAAAUGUUUACAGAGACAAUAGCCCGUCUCAUUUACCUGGGGAAAAUAUCUUCCAUCUCACUUUCAAUACCGAGAUGAUGGUCGCCAGAUCAAAUUAUUCCGUCAUCGAAGAGUGGUACUGGCUAAAAGAUAGAGUUCAAGUCGAUGAUCUGGCUCUGUGGGAUUUUGACAUGGAAUUCACCCUAUUGUCGAACGAAAGUCUUUACGAAAGGAGGGGCACUUUGGAAAAUUCGCCGAUCAUCGUCGCUACUCUAAAUAAUCCCCCUUUGAUUUCGUUCGUUAAUAACACGAACGGUGGACUAUUUGGGGAGAUACUGACGGAGCUUAGCAAAGCUAUAAAUUCUGAGCUGCGAUUCGUCGUUCCCAGUGAUCGUACCUACGGUAAUUGGAAGCCGCAUGAAAAACAAUGGACGGGAAUGAUUGAUAUGCUGAUCAAAGGAAAGGCCAAUAUCGCCGCAGGGGAUUUUACGAUCACAACUCAGAGGCUGGAAUUCGUAGAUUUCACACUACCCCUUAUUUCAACGAGCAACAAAUUGUACGUCCGGCAACCCGACGGUGGUAUACAGUGGUCCGCGUACUGGCAGACUUUUACCCCAGGAAUUUGGAUCUCCGUACAGUUGAUGAUACUCGUAACGACGAUCGUUCUCAUCCUGAUAGCUGGAUCGAAACGAUGCAUAUUCAAUACUUGUGCCGAAUAUUUGCUACUAGUAUUUGGAAUUUACUGCCAACAGGGACUGUCUCGUGUGUGGAGAUUUUUUUUCCCAUCGACAAUCGUCGAUGAUCAGUAUAAAUCAAAUUUUUUGAUUAUUCUUGCAGACUUUCCCGAAGACAUGCCGUCGCGCGUUACAUUCUUCUCGUUGUAUUUAUCAGCCUUGGUCGUCUGUGCCGCGUACGCGGCAUCGCUGAUAAGUUAUCUAACGGUCACACGCGAGUCGUUGCCAUUUUCAACAUUGGAAGGAUUCGUCAACGACGGUAGCUACAAGCUAAUAGUGUUCAAGAAUAGCGCCGAACACGACAUGUUGGAGCACGCAACAGAAACUGUGAUGAUCAAAAUGCGGUCAUUGUUGAAGUAUCGGUCUUUGUUGCCAACGACACUGGAAAGUGGAUUCCGUCAGGUGUGCGAAGAAAAAACUGCAUUCUUCGUUCCAGCGGCAUUGUACGACACGAUAAGUGACUAUUUGCCCUGCAAAUUGAUCGGUAUAGACACGAAGCAAAGGACCAGUUUGGCCAUGGCUCUGUCCAAGAGAAAUCCCUUCAACGGCUUGAUAAAUUAUCACAUCCAGCGAUUCCGGGACAACGGAAUUUUGAGUCGUCUGAAGCAAAAUUACGAAGUUGAAAAAGAACCAGUCGCCAAGUCCCUGUCCCAAGUGACGUUGUGGGGUGUGAUUCCGGUCCUGGCGAUUCUCGCGGGUGGCGUCGUCCUGGCUACAAUUAUACUUCUCACGGAGAGAAUGUUCUUCGGGAGGCGAAGACCCGCGGAAAAUUAGGGGCAAAAGUCGAAGAACGGCGAAACGAGAACGAGAAGAACGGAAACGCGGAUGUCUUCGAAGUCAGGCGCCGACGUCGGGUCGAAAACGUUCCGCCUCCGUCGAAAUUGAAAUUUUAAUGAUCGAAGAGUUAUGACGCGCAUUUUUUUCCACGUCUUUUUUUUUUCACCUGAUUGAGAAUCCGUGUAAAAUUGCCCAGUUAUGCGGGACGCGUAGGACGAUGAAUCGGAGAUUGAAAACUAGAUUUUGAAAGGUAAUGGCUCGACCUAUUCUCUCUCUCCGAUUUGUUAGGUGUCAUUUUUAUCCGAACAUCGGAUGCCGUGCGUUAGGAUUGACGGUAAUAAUAUUUAUCGCCGAUAGCUGAGGUAGUUUCAUGACUCACGUCAGCCGUGACCUUAUCUAAUGCAUUUUUCCAAUGUAGUUCACACUCAUAGACAAUUUGAAUGUAUUAAUCCUUCAUAUAAUCCAUACACCAAUUUGCUGAAUAAUUGGUGUCACGGACCGUUAAUUGUAACGAUUAUGUUGAAGUCGAAAUUGGUUGUUGAGGGAUAAUAAUCGUUACAGUUGAAUAUAUUUUUUUUUUAUCGUAGUGUAAAAAGUUGUGAUCCUUGAAAUUCCGCAUAUUAUACAUUUCGAGCCUAUCUCGAUGAUUCCUGAAAAUCUGUGUUAAUUUAUUACGACAAGCUCGUCACGCUCCUAUAAAUAACGCAUGUGCAGCGUACAAAUGAUUGCGGUUUGUCCGACAAGCCGAGGACUUUACACGAUUUUAUUUUUAUUUUUUUUCCUCUCUGUCAAGUUCUGGCUUAUCAUCACUCGACCUGUGACUCAUUCGACAAAAUCGAGAUAAAGAACGUACGCAUCGGUACAACUAAUUUUUUACAAUCGUUUCGUACAUGCUUCAUAUCUCGUUAUCAGUUAUCUAUAAUUUGUGAUCAUUAUCCAAUUUUAGUCAAAUUUGAUUCCUUUUCUUUCGUUUAUUUCAGAAGACAGAUCGACCCAGAUAUUUCCACAUGGGAAAACUUCAUUCCGAAUGUGUAACUCUCAAUUAUUCUGUUUUUUUUUUUUUCAAAGUAUCAACAGUCAGACUUACAGGAUAUCCGUACAACGUAGAUUAUAUCGCAUUACUUCAAUGACAAACGCUCAAUUUGCGUUCGAUCCGUUCAAAGGGUUGUAAUAAUUAGGUAUGAAAAUGUAUCGCUAUUCUUUGUCCGAUUUUGCCGUUGCU